GCCUGUCAGUCAGUCCCGGGGUCCUCGGAGCGAUGGUGCAGCGGUGCUAGGUUGAAGUAUUGUAUUUUGCAAAGAGUGCUGAAAUAGCAGGAGUUCGUUCCGAGACCAUUUCUGUGCCCCAAGAAAUAAAAGCAUCGCAGCUGUGGAAAGAGAUAGAAGCUCGACAUCCUGGGUUGGCUGAUGUUAGAAAUCAGGUGAUAUUUGCUGUUCGUCAAGAAUAUGUCGAGCUUGGAGAUCAGCUCCUCCAGCUUCAGCCCGGAGACGAAAUUGCUGUUAUCCCCCCCAUUAGUGGAGGCUAGUGCAUUUAAGCCAUGUAGGAAAGAUAUGGAUGAUGUUGAAGAGAAACCUAAGGAUAUAAUAAAAUUCACUGCUGAGAAACUUUCCGUGGUUGAGGUCUCGCAGUUGGUAAUUUCUCCACCCUGUGGUGCAGUGUCCCUGUUUGUAGGGACUACGAGAAAUAACUUUGAAGGGAAGAAAGUCGUUAGCUUAGAAUAUGAAGCUUAUCUACCAAUGGCAGAAAACGAGGUCAGGAAAAUCUGUAGUGACAUCAGGCAGAAGUGGCCAGUCACACACAUAGCAGUGUUCCAUCGACUUGGACACAGGGCUGCAUCCCUUGAAGCUGUGAGCUAUGCCAUUGAUAAUUUAAAGGCCAAGGUGCCCAUAUGGAAAAAGGAAAUGUAUGAAGAGUCAUCUUCAACUUGGAAGAGAAACAAAGAAUGCUUUUGGGCAAACAAUGAUUAAUCAGUUAUAUUUUUUAGCGCUCUCAUACUUGGGUAAAGUUUCACCAUUGAUUCCUCUGUGAUUUUUCUCCUCCACAGAUUGAUAGCUCACCAAAGCUCAGUGUAUUAUAACUGUGGGGCAAAACAGAGAGAAAAA